AGUUGCAGGGGUAGUAGUAGCUGUAGCAAUAGUACCAUUAGUAGUAGUAGCUUGGCCUUGGUGGGAUAGCUCAGAGCAUCUGCUCAUUUCUAUCCAUUGUUUGAUGACUAACUGUGAAUUUAUAGUCGGUGCCUUACAUGGAGGGGCUGAGUGAGUCGACCGAGCUAGAGGAGGAGGUGGAGACUCAGGGAGGGCCAAGAGGGGAGGAGGGGGUGUCCAUCCCUGCCCUCCUCAGAGCUAUCUGUCACGGGGGAGCCUGGGAGGCAUGCCACAACCGCUUCCAUCCCAACUGGAAGAGUCCUGAUGAAUAUAAAGAGGACUUUGKGAAGGUCUACAGAGAACUGGGGUACAAGGUUGAGGACAAGAUUCCAUUCUCCAUCCUAUCCCAGCAUCCGGUCAUACAAGAUCUGAUCGAGGGUUCCGCUCAAUACCAACUCAUUGAUAUUCACCGAGCUCUGCAGGUCCAACAGAGCGAAGGGGAGCCUCUGUCUUUGAUGGUGUCUUAAAAUAAAUAUACCUAAUAUAUCACGCAGUUAACUCUCACAAGCUAACCUGAGAUUCCCAUCCACUUAGAAAUGCAGUUGACUUAAAAUAAUUCAGCAAAUUAUACAGUGCAUUAUAAAGUAAAAUAAUUUCAAUUAAUUAUUUCAAAAUGUUAACCUUCAGUUUAUGAAUUACAUGCCUCUUUCUUGAAGUAACGUGUUUUAUUAAAUUCACAAAAAUGAA